AUGAAAUGUUUGAUCAGGUUUGAAGCAGAUGGAUAUUUACCAGAUAUCUCCAAAAGUCGAAUUUCCGAGCCGGCUCAUGAUGAUAUGGAAAGCAUCUCAGCUUCCAUCGGAGAAGCUAGUAUCUCAGACAUCCCACUAUCCGCCACACCUCAUGAUGGGGGCAGGCUUUGCAUCGAGAAAAGGGGUCGUUAUAUCCCACACGCCGCGGUCUAUGACUUGAAGACUCGCUCUAUCAAUAAGAAAGGUGUUUCUGAUACCCUAGGGGAGGAACUGGCUCGAUUGUGGAUUGCACAGAUCCCUAACUUCAUUCUUGCGUACCACAAGUUUGGCAAGUUCGAAGAUAUCCAGGUUCAGGACGUGAGCGAGAAAGUGAAGCAGUGGGAGACAGAUCACCAAUCAGAAUUGGUCAAAUUUUCCCGCCUUCUACAAACUAUACUGUCUUUCGCUCGAAGCAGCGAAAGUGGUCGGUUUGAGAUCGAGCGCGAAGAGGGCGGAAAGUGCUUGAAUCUGAGAGAGCAAGGUGGAGUUGUCAAUAGGGUAUUAUCCCCUGCUCUGAGAAAGAAAUGUGAUUUGGGACAUCACUGGAAUGAUAUUGAGAGUAUUCAUUCUUCGGAAUGA